AUGUGCAGUAACUACCUGGACCUGACCAAAAACUACUGGAGGUUGGGCUCUACACUAGUCAAGAUGUGCUGGGGAAACAAACCUCACCUGGACACACAGAACCUCUGCCCUGACAGUCAGUACUCACUGAGGCACUUGGUCAACAAAAGUGAGAGGUAUACCACCAAAUACCUCCUGACAGAACACCCAGAAGGGACUCGUAUGACAAAGGUCUCUGAGAGGACCACCUCUCUGCACCUCAGCCCUUAUGAGCAGGCCUCAGGCAGGAAACAGUCGUGGUUAGAUUUUUCAGACACAGCUGGACAGAGGACAGAGACUCACAGGUGUCACGGUAAUGACGGUGGCAAGGUUCCUCCUCCUUCUUUCUGUCCUCACAGCGUCUGCCUCGGAAAUGACAGAAUACGAAGAGAAUUAGACCCAGCUUUUUCUUGUUUCUUGUUGUGUAUAAUUAUUGUGUUUUGGUUGCGAUACACAACUUCAUUCCUAUAUUUCGCUCAAUCCAGCACAUGUGUCUGUGUUGCUGCUGUUUCAGGCGACGUAGACCCUGAGGCCAACUGCAGUUAUCAGGAUGUUUUAAACUACCUGAACCUGACCAAAAACAACCAGCUUUACUCCAUGACCCGGCCCGUCAGGGACUACAGACGACCCACACAGGUUUCCUUGGAGGUUGCGCUCUACGCUAUUCUAGAUAUGGUUGAGAAAGAACAGAAGUUUAUCCCUUUUGUUUGGACAGUCAUGUGGUGGCAAAAUGAGUAUAUUUCUUGGGAUCCAAACAGAUUUUGUGGUAUUAUUAAUGUUUCCCUUCCAAGUGAUAUUCUGUGGACGCCAGAUCUCACUAUUGAAGAAAUGACAGAAAAGGACAAAGCUCCAAAGAGUCCUUAUCUCACCAUAAGCUAUAACGGUGACGUUGAAAUCAAGAAACACCAGGUGUUGGUCAGCACCUGCAGAAUGCACAUUUACACUUUCCCCUUUGACAUACAGAGCUGCAACCUUUCCUUCAAGUCUGUCAUUUACACAGCCAAGGAUAUUAGGCUCAAACCGAGCGACAACUCGUCAGAAGCCACGACUUGGUCUAUGGAGGUGAUGAGGACGCAGUAUGAGUGGCUGUUCAUCAACAUUUCAGUCACCACCAAAAACGCCAGUGAUUUGGACCAGCAGGACAUUAUUGUUUACACUAUUAACAUGAGGCGGAGGUCAACCCUCUACAUCGUCAACUUCAUCCUACCCAUCCUGUUCUUCUUGUGUCUGGACCUGGCUUCAUUCAUGAUCUCAGACAACAGCGGUGAGAAGCUGAGCUUCCAGGUGACGGUGCUGCUCGCCAUCACCGUGUUACAACUGAUUCUGAACGAGAUUCUACCGUCGUCAUCAAACAGGAUCCCACUCAUAGCCGUUUACUGCAUUGGUGUUUUUACCCUAAUGAUGCUCAGCCUCCUGGAGACAAUUCUGAUUAUGUAUCUAAGGGAGAAGGACAGAGCACGGCUGCAUGAUGGGUCAGACAAAGAACUGGGGCUGAAGGAAAGCUCUAACAAACAGGAGAGACUGGACUUUCAAAACUAUCACAGAGGUGAGACCAUGUUGCCAAUAGAAAUGCACACUUGGACAGAGUAUGGACAUAUCUAUGACGGUGCUACUGAGACGUCCCCUGAGCAGCUGUCUAUGGCCAUAGAGCAUAACAGCAACAGCAGGCUGGUGGAGGACAACCACGUCCUGGCCAAGGUGUCAGAUGAGCUGAAGGAGAUGGAGAGAACUCUGGGCCUGCUCCUAAGCACCAGGACGGAUCACAAACCCGGUUACUGGUCCAGACUGGCUAAAAAAGUGAACAAGGUUUUCUUCAUUACCUACGUUAUAAUAAUCAUAAUCUUUCUAUCAGUUCUCUUUUUGAACUGGAACAUUGACUGAAAUGAUGGGUGGUCAUGUCUGUCUCUUUGCCUCUGUUUGUGUGUCUCAACUUUAACACUUACUCCGCCAUGUACUCAGCAGAUAUAAAGUAACAGCUUUAGAUGGGAUUUCCACCAUACAGAAAGUGUAUUUGGUCCUUUGAUGCCGUAGGAACACAGGGUCAGUGCUGAAGAUGAGAAUUAGACUAAGAUAAUACUAAUACUAAUACUAAUACUAAUACUAAUACUACUAAAAACUCCAUGCUCAGAGUAUAGUUGAAUUGCAAUUAUAUUGCAGUGGAGCAAGUGACUGGAAGACAAGGGCGGUGGUCUUCAAAUUCAGGUAGUGGUAAGCAAGGGGAUUUCAUAGACAUUUGCUCAGAGUGUUUGUGUGUGUUUGGUUUCAGGAAUGAAUAUAUGUGCAAAUAACAGUGUAACUCUGUCGUGUGGCGUGGCUCAUAAAUAUACAGAUUUCCUGACGAAAACUCCAGAGGGAUUAAUAAAGUUCUACCCAUGUAAAUGGAGAGGACAUAAAACUUCUAUACCUUCCUAUUAAGUGCUUUGCAAAAGAGAAUAGAAAUGAAUGUAGAAUAGCCUUUGUUGGCGUUUGACAGAAUUGGACAUUUCAUGCUUGUCAAUAUUACGACUACUACUGCAAGAUUAGCUAACAUGUAGAACAUGCCUUUUGUACCCAGGCAGCCAUGUUGGAUCUGUUAUUACAAUGGCCUUCAGUGUAUACACUAUAAUGUAGUGCUAAAUGCACAAAUAUUUUAAAAAAUGUAACGGGACCAGAAGGUGUUACCUAAUCAUCACUGGCAGCCAUGUUUUCACUGAGUGACUCAGGUUGGUAACUACAACGCACAGUCACUACUAUCUAGUGUUUAGGGUUUGAACCAAAGACACCUGCAGUUGAUAGAUACUGUUCAGUAGGUCUUUGUUCUUGUAGGUCAUGUAGGUCAACUGCUAACUGACAGUGGUGGUCAGCCACUUGAUGUUGACUGUACUGUAUUUACCCUGUUGUUAACUGUAUUGUUUUUCCUGUUAGUAGAUUUGUUGUCUGUCCACACCAGUAUAAAGAAGCAGAACCCAAAUGCCGAAACUGAAUUUAUUCAAGUUAUAUUUAAAUAAAAUGUUGUGAAAAUGCACUAAUGUCAGCUGUAUGUCAGAUGUUUUUAUGAUGAUUUAUGAUUAUGA